AUGUCAGAACUGUUAAGUACUUUGGGAACGGAGUACCAGAAACUCACCGAUGGAGCUGCAGCUGGUCAAACGCACUUGAAGAAGUGCUUGGAAGAUACGCACGAAUUCAAGAUCAAUGUCAAGAAACUGAAAGGUUACUUAGCGAAACAGAUCCAAGAAGAGGAACAAGAUAAGGGCCACAACAACUCUGCCAAACUAGUGAAAAAGCGUCAGGUUGCAAUAGAAAAACUCAACAAACUUCACAAUAACUGGGACAACGGAGUCAAAAAGAGCAUCAAGCUGGCCACGCAACAACACUCUCGGUUUCAAAAAAACGCUUUAAACAAAUUGUACGACUUUGAGCUGGACCAGGUCUACACAAAUCAGUUUCCGCCAAAUGCACGUAAAUACGUCGAUCAGGCAAUAGGGCUUCAUAUAUCGCGGUACAACGUGUUUGAUCUGCCUGAACAGGACGCGGGGACGAUGGUUGAGUAUCUCGAGCACGUAUACGGCGUGGACCCUGCCGUCUCAACCAAUUUCGUGGAAAUGGCGCAGAUUUUGCGUGAGUUGCGCCAUGAUAGUCUCGAGCCAUGUAUGGCGUGGUGCUCACCGGGCUCAGACCUCGAGUUCGAGCUCCAUCUUCUCAGAGCCAUGUUUCUGUUGCAAAGUGGUGACAAGCUUGCUACCUACCAGUAUCUGCUGAAAUAUAUACCUGGGUUUCUCACUCAAACGCAGAAAACGUCACUGCGACACAGAGUAGCACCGUUGCUGGCCCAACUGGUUGCCAUGCCGAAAUCCGGGGUCAACCUCAGCGAACAACGGAACAAAUGCGUGGAUUUAUUCACGAGCGAGUAUUGUGCCCGCAAUAGUCUUCCAUUCAAUUCGUCUCUGUUCCUGGUGGUCAUGAGUGGCAUUAUCUCUUUUCAGUUUUUCAUCAAAUAUAGGACGUUGCAGGCUGCUCGCCAUGUCGAUUGGAGCACCGAAAACGAACUUCCUUUCAACGUCAAACUCCCAGAUUUCUUGACAAGUUUCCACCCAGUUUUCAUUUGUCCCGUUCUCAAGGAAGAGACUACCACCGAGAAUCCACCCUAUGCGCUGCCCUGUCAUCACAUCAUUUCAAGAUUUAGUCUAGACAAACUCAGCAAAAACGGAACCUGCAAUUUCAAAUGUCCGUACUGUCCAGUUACCGCAUCACGCUCCAAGACCACCAAGGUCAAUUUUGUCAUUCUAUAG